GAACGCGCUUUUUUUCAUUUUUUUCUACAGCAAAGCGGUUAUCCUCAUUAUGAAGUUGAAAGACGGGGAUCGAGAUGUGUGCUGCAACCAACCAAUGACCGCAGAUUGGAAAUAUUUAUUGUGUUGAUAUUUUGGAGAAAGUAUCGUUUCUUGGUGGAUUAAAGGACUUUGCGGGACGCUAUUUUGUCAUAUUUUUUUCUGCUGCCGAAUGAGCUUUGUUGGGCCGGAGUCUAUUUUGUUGUUGGGAGUUAGGAACAAUUGCUGUUCCCCUUCUUGUCCUGACAGCCAACGGAUAUACAUACAGUGUGAACAUAGUUCAGUUUGCAGCGUGUUUAUAAUAGAUUUGAACAGUAAGGUAUCUAAAUGCACGAAGAAGUAGACGUAUUCUAAUUGAUGAUAUUUAAACAUCUAGCCUGCUUUGUGGCUCGUUCGCAACAUUAUACUGUCGCGUUCUGCUAUCAGAAACGGACCCGUUGACUCAGGUGUAUUCUGGCUAGUUAGCUGGCUAGCGAGCUAACCUUAGCUACACAAUGAAAUUUGGCGAGCAACUGCACCCAAUCAUAUACAUUUUAAAACAUGUUUAACGAAAUGCAUUUACGAGUUAUUUACCCUACCUUAGGUAAAAUCGAAACGUUAACCUCUAACGUUAACUGAUUAGCUAACAAGCUAAAUGCUUGGUGCCAAAUAGCUGUCUAUUAAAUACGUUGGCUUGUUCGCGUUAGACGGGUCGACCCUGUCUGAAGCCUUCAGUUGACAAUGUCUUUUUUCAACUUUCGCAAAAUAUUUAAGUUGGGCGCAGAAAAGAAGAAAAAGCAAUAUGAGCAUGUUCAUAGAGACGUGGAUCCAGAGGAGUUCUGGGACAUAAUAGGGGAACUGGGAGACGGCGCCUUUGGAAAAGUGUACAAGGCUCAGAACAGGCAGUCUCACAUCCUGGCUGCUGCCAAGGUGAUCGACACCAAGUCGGAGGAGGAGCUGGAGGACUACAUGGUGGAGAUCGACAUCCUGGCGUCCUGCGACCACCACAACAUCGUCAAGCUGCUGGACGCCUUCUACUACGAGAGCAAGCUGUGGAUCCUGAUCGAGUUCUGCGCCGGGGGGGCCGUCGACGCCGUGAUGCUGGAGCUGGAGAGGCCCCUGACGGAGCCCCAGAUCCGGGUGGUUUGCCGGCAGACCCUGGAGGCCCUGCUCUACCUGCACGCCAGCAAGAUCAUCCACCGCGACCUGAAGGCCGGGAACAUCCUCCUCACCCUGGAGGGAGACGUCAAGCUGGCCGACUUUGGCGUCUCUGCUAAAAAUACUAAAACCCUACAGAGAAGAGACUCUUUUAUCGGCACUCCGUACUGGAUGGCGCCGGAGGUGGUGAUGUGCGAGACCUCCAAGGACCGGCCCUACGACUACAAGGCGGACAUCUGGUCCCUGGGGGUGACGCUGAUCGAGCUGGCGCAGGUCGAGCCCCCCAACCACGAGAUGAACCCCAUGAGAGUGCUGCUGAAGAUCGCCAAGGCCGACCCCCCCACCCUGAUGCAGCCCAAGCGAUGGUCGGCGGAGUUUAACGAUUUCCUCAGGAGAGCCCUGGACAAGAACGUGGACAACAGAUGGAGCACGGCCCAGCUGCUACAGCAUCCCUUCGUCACGAGCGUCACCGACAGCAGGCCUCUUCGAGAACUGGUCGCGGAGGCGAAAGCUGAGGUCACCGAGGAGAUCGAAGAAGGCAAGGAGGAGGAGGAGGAAGAAGAGCCAGACCCACAGCUGCUGGUGUCCGGACACAAGCGAGCGCCGUCGGAGGGCAGCUUCGGGAGCUCCGAGGAUGAAAAGCUUUCGCAGUCCGCCUCCAUUUUGGAGUCUGUGUCGGAGAAGAUGGAGGUCGAGCCCGUGGAGGACCGGGCCAGCGACAAGCUCUCGGACGAGGGCAUCGGCACCAGCGAGCCCGAAAAGCCCGACGAGACCAACGCCCCUGACGCCGUCGCGGCCGAUGAAGACGCGGGUGAUGAAGACGCAGGUGAUGAAGAUGCCGGUAACCGAGCAGAACCCUUGGACACACAAGAGGAACCCCUGAGUGGCGAGGUCAAAUCGAUGGACGCUCCCGAGAACGGGCCAAACGAGCUUGAUACCAGACUGGAAACAGAGGAGGAGGAGAGGGUGAAGGAGGAUGAGGAGGAAGAGGAGGAGGUGAAAGGAGAAGAAACUCCAGACACCCAAGUGGAGGGAGAAGCGGAGGACAGUAAGCCAGUGGAGGCAGAGAGCGAGUCUGACAGAGUUUCAGAGGAGCUCGGUCCUCUGGAGGUCCCCAGUACAGAGGAGGUCCCUGGUCCACUGGAGGUCCCCAGUACAGAGGAGGUCCCUGGUCCACUGGAGGUCCCCAGUACAGAGGAGGUCCCUGGUCCACUGGAGGUCCCCAGUACAGAGGAGGUCCCUGGUCCACUGGAGGUCGCCAGUGCUCCAGGAGCAGCGGAGCAGAGUGCUGGAGAUCUGUCCCUGGGGGAGGAAACUCCGGUCAUAGGCGCGGAGAGCGUGGAACCCCAGGACCUGCAGGAGGAGGAGGAGGAGCAGGUUGAGACGGGAGGGGAGGAGGCCUCAGAGAAGGACCCCGAGGAGAAGGAGGUGGACACGGCUCAGGGAGAAGCCGCGGCCGGAGAGCCCGUCGAGGAGGCUCCGGAAGGAGGAGCAGAUGGAGGCGCGGUCCCCGGUCCCGGCGAGGAGGCCGAGUCGGUCGAGCAGACCGUAGCCGAGCCCGAGGAGGCCCCGGAGGAGGUACGGCCAGUGUCUCCGUCCCCCACCGAGCAGGAGACGCGGGGGGAGACGACCGAGGUGGAGGAGGAGAAGGAGAAACCGGGAGACCCGGCCACGGAUGUCGAGAAGGAGGCGGAGUCGGUGAAGCCGGACUCUGAGAAGGUGAAAGAGGCGGAGAAGGAUUCGGACUCCGGGAGCAGCUCCGCCCCCGACACCAACAGCAUCGACCUCAACCUCUCCAUCUCCAGCUUCCUCACCAAGGCCAAGGAGCCGGGAUCCAUGUCCUCACAGGACAUCAAAAAACAGAAGAAGACACUAAAGAAGACCCGUAAAUUCAUAGUGGACGGAGUGGAGGUCAGCGUCACCACGUCCAAGAUCGUCACAGACAGCGACACCAAAAGCGAAGAGCGGAGGUUCUUAAGGCGGCAGGAGCUGCGGGAGCUGCGGCUGCUGCAGAAGGAGGAGCAGCGAGCGCAGCAGCAGCUCAGCAACAAGCUGCAGCAGCAGCGCGAGCAGAUGUUCCGCCGCUUCGAGCAGGAGACCACGAGUAAGAAGCGGCAGUACGACCAGGAGGUGGAGAACCUGGAGAAGCAGCAGAAGCAGACCAUCGAGCGGCUGGAGCAGGAGCACACCAGCCGGCUGCGGGAGGAGGCCAAGCGCAUCAAGGCCGAGCAGGACAAGGAGCUGUCCAAGUUCCAGAGCGUGAUGAAGAACCGCCGGAAAGAGGGAGUGGCCCAGGUUAUGAUACAGUCUUUUCAGUUGUCCUCGUGUACGCUGUUCAACGCUCAGAUGCAGGACGAGCAGGAGUUUCUGCAGAAACAGCAGCAGGACCUGGACACCGCUCUGAAGAAGAUCAUCCAGCAGCACAAGCAGGAGCUGGUGACCAUCGAGAGGGACUGCCUCAACCACAAACAGCAGCUCCUGAGGGCUCGCGAAGCGGCCAUGUGGGAGCUGGAAGAGCGCCACCUGCAGGAGAAGCACCAGCUGCUCAAGCAGCAGCUGAAGGAUCAGUACUUCAUGCAGAGGCACCAGCUGCUGAAGAGGCACGAGAAGGAAAUGGAGCAGAUGCAGAGGUAUAACCAGAGGAUGAUCGAGGAGAUGAAGAACAGGCAGACGCAGGAGAGAACCCGGCUGCCCAAGAUCCAGCGCAGCGACGCCAAGACCCGCAUGGCCAUGUUCAAAAAGAGCCUGCGCAUCACCUCCGCCGGGGACACACCCGAGCAGGAGCGCGAGAAGAUCAAACAGUUCGCUGCCCAAGAGGAGAAGCGCCAGAAGAAUGAGAGGCUGCAUCAGCAUCAGAAGCAUGAGAACCAGAUGAGGGACCUUCAGCUGCAGUGUGACGCCAACGUCCGCGAACUGCAGCAGCUACAGAACGAGAAGUGCCACCUCCUGAUCGAGCACGAGACGCAGAAGCUGAAGGAGCUGGACGAGGAGCACAGCCAGGAGCUGAAGCAGUGGCGGGAGAAGCUCCGCCCCCGGAAGAAGGCUCUGGAAGAAGAGUUUGCCCGAAAGAUGCAGGAACAGGAAGUCUUCUUCAAGAUGACUGGAGAGUCAGAAUGCCUUAAUCCCACAACCCAAAGCCGAAUCUCCAAGUUCUACCCCGUCCCCAGUGUACACUCCACAGGGUUCUAACCCCACCCCCCAUGUACACUCCACAGGGUUCUAACCCCGCCCCCCAGUGUACACUCCACAGGGUUCUAACCCCGCCCCCGUGUACACUCCACAGGGUUCUAACCCCGCCCUACAGUGUACACUCCACAGGGUUCUAACCCCAACCUCCAGUGUACACUCCACAGGGUUCUAACCCCACCCUCCAGUGUACACUCCACAGGGUUCUAACCCCACCCUCCAGUGUACACUCCACAGGGUUCUAACCCCGCCCUACAGUGUACACUUCACAAGGUUCUAACCCCACCCUCCAGUGUACACUCCACAGGGUUCUAACCCCGCCCUACAGUGUACACUUCACAAGGUUCUAACCCCGCCCCCGUGUACACUCCACAGGGUUCUAACCCCACCCUCCAGUGUACACUUCACAAGGUUCUAACCCCGCCCCUGACCCAUUGCAUCCACAAGCACACACAAGAAGUUCUGCACAGGUGGGAGGGGACAGGACAGAGAGCACAGAACCACUCCCACAUUUUUCCCCACUGAUGACAAUCAGCACCACUUGCAGAAAACCUGGAGUCGGUUAACUCUCCAGACACACCCACUGGAACAGUCCAGAGCCACGGACUGUGCUGAACACAGAACUUUGUUAAUGAACCCUUUUGCUCACGUUUCCUCUCUCGUUUUCUCCUUCUCCUUUCUCUUUUGAAUAAGCACCUCUGUGAUGCAGUGUUCUGAGGGGGUUGUUCUCCUGUCAGUUCUAAGGUAGUAUUUACAGCAGCAGUGUGUGGGCAUUAUCUUUCCUGAUUUAGCUUCCAAAAUAGCUCAGGCAGAUUACUGUUAUAAGUAUUUUCAAACACAUUACAAGUAUAAUAUUAUUUCCUACAUUAAAAACCCAGUGCCUGAAUAAUUUGAUUUAGCUGGUUUGCUUUUUUUAUUCAAACCAUACACACACAAAGCACUACAGCUGCUGAAAUCACACAACAUUAUUUACACUUCAAGCAGCUGGAAACACUAAUAAAUGCAGGUUUAAAUUUAUACGUACCAUGUUGGCUGAAUUAAAUCAUGAUAUAUUUAAUAACACAACAGAAUGUACUUUUAGUAAAUUAUAAAGUGCACAUUUAUAAAGUCAAUCUUCAAAAGGCAUGAUAUAUUUUGUAUAUGGUUAAUAUGUUCCUUUAGGACAGAGGAUAACUCUUGUGAGACAGCGAACAAGUGCAAAACCAUUGCUGCCGUCUGCGUGUGUUUAGAUUAUUUUAAUUUCUUGUGUCUCAAUGAUCUGAAGCAUUACAGUUUACACCUCUUUAGUGUUUGUACAUACUACUGUGGUGGCUAUUUAAUUCUCUUGAUUAUGGUCUAAUUACUUUUUUUUUUUUUAAGCAUGGAAGUAACUUGCCUUGUUUCUUUAGUUUAACUGAGAAGCUCAAAGUUACUUUAAAAGUGAUGGGUUAAAAUGUGUGAUUUCUUCCGUGUGGUGCAGAGUUAGUAAUGUGAGGGUAAGGAGGGUAAGUUUGUGGCCUGUUGGUGGCACGGGACGCCCACCCCAGUGAGGUCAAGGCCUUUUCGUUAUUUCUGAACACCAUUUCUCUGGUUAUACAUUUCAAAAUGGAGGACAGUUGUAAGUAAGCUGUACAAAUGUUUUUUUUUUGUUUUUUUUCCUUAAAUGUCAUUUUAUUUUCUGUAAUUUUCCCUAACCAGCCUUUUUACAUUUCAAUGCCAAUUAUACAGUACAAACUGAAUCACAUGUCAUGGAAGCAUUGCAUGUUUUUAUUCCCCCCAUUUUUAGUUUGAAGCAGGAACAAUACGUCAUUUUGCCUCAACACUAAUCACCUCAACUUUUUUUCUAAAAAAUACAGAAAAUGAUACACAGAAUGGUUUCCUUGCAACAUUAUGUUUCUUCCACUUGGCAUUCGGAUAUCAUUCCCAAAUUAGGGAUGCGAUUCUCAUUCCAUCAGGAAUUCAGGCGGUUGGUUCGUUCUCGCGUUUUUCAAAUCUGACUUUAACUGAAUGCUGGAGCUGAACAUUUUACGCAGGUACAUAUCGUUUAUAAUAGAGUGAAAACUUUGCGUGAAUCACAAAAUCACUCGUCCCGUGUUUAUUUGUGUUUGUGCGUAAUCAACGGUCUGAAUAACGAAUGAACGAGUCGAUUUGAAUUUAUGGGCCUUUUCCGCACCUCUGGAAACCAUGCAGGUCUUGUGGCUUAUUUUGAUAGAUGGUUCCUGGCAGCCACAUUUAAACCUGUGAUCUAAUUUAUUGUCUGAGUGAGAAAGAGCUUGUGCGUGAAGGAUUGCUCUAUGCUGUUCAUACUCUGGAUUCAUGGCUGUAGACUCUCUUCUGGGAUCGUUUAUACGUGUGUAUCUCGUUUCAAUGACUGGUUAAACACACGUAUAACGAAGGCAUUGCAGGUGGUAAAACCCUCAGGAGAGACGGCCAUUUCUCCAUUAUGGAAGAUGUUUCUGUUUAAGAUACUUUUAUUAUUUUCCUCAUUCUGAUGGUUUCACUUUCAUGCCAGUUUUGAAAACUUUCAAGGUCAUUUAAUUUGAAUGUUUAAGGUUUAAAAUAAUUUGACAAUGUAGAUCAUAUGCAACUUAUUGAUUGUAUUAUCUAUUUUUAAAUGUUUCUGUUGAUUUGCAUUAUGGCGUAAAUAAAACAUUUACUGUAAUAAAAAUAUCGCAGUUGUGCUUGUC